UACUGAACGCACCAUAGACCUCUAUGGAAUGGCACGGUUUAUGAUUGGCAGCUUAUGGGAGCCAUGAUGUUUGUCGUGUUUUUUUCAUUCUUCAUCACUUGCAACCAUCGUCAUUGAUUGUUGCUACGAAUUUAUUUUCAUCUGUGGUUGACAUUAUAGAAAAGUUAUUCGCGCUAAUAGGCAUCGGAUCGUAUUGUUUACAUGAAGAUACAAUAUUACAACUACCAUGACGACCGCACUGUAUUUGGAGCACUAUCUCGACAGCCUCGAGCAUUUACCAAUCGAAUUACAGAGGAAUUUUACACUGAUGCGAGACUUGGAUGCAAGAGCGCAAGGUCUGAUGAAGGACAUUGACAAGCUGGCGGAUGAUUACUUGAGAAAUAUAAAGAAAGAAUCAUCAGAGAAAAGGAAAGAACAGCUCACCCAUAUUCAAAGUCUUUUUAAUAAAGCAAAGGAAUAUGGUGAUGACAAGGUUCAACUAGCUAUUCAAACCUAUGAAUUAGUUGAUAAGCACAUCAGACGUCUAGAUUCGGAUCUAGCAAGAUUCGAGGCAGAAAUACAGGACAAGACAUUGAACAAUAGUAGAGCACAGGAGGAAAGCAAUGCCAGCAAGAAAGGUAGAAAGAAACUCAAGGAGAAGGAGAAGAGGAAAAAAGGUAAUGCUGUAAGCAGCGAGGACGAAGCCAAAAACGCGAGAAAGAAACAGAAAAAAGGUGGCUCUGUGGCUUCAGCAUCGUCCACUGGUGCUGUGGGUAGUGGUGCCCAGGUGGAUUCAACGGCACUUGGACAUCCAGCUGAUGUUCUAGAUAUGCCUGUCGAUCCUAAUGAACCGACGUAUUGUCUUUGUCAUCAAGUAUCGUAUGGAGAAAUGAUUGGUUGUGAUAAUCCAGAUUGUCCAAUAGAAUGGUUCCACUUUGCCUGUGUAGGUUUAACUACAAAACCUAAAGGUAAAUGGUAUUGUCCCAAAUGUACGCAAGAUCGCAAAAAGAAGUGAACAUUAGGAAUUUUUAAAUCUUGCUCAUUGCUACUUUUUUAAAGAGAAGACUAUACUGUACGUUAUUUCUAAAAUUAGAGUACAUAACUUUUUUGCGUUAAAAGUUAAAUAUAAUUUUUUUUAUAAAAAUAGAAAAAUUUAUGGAAAGAAUAUAAGAAUAAGAUUGUGCAUGAUACAUUGCAUCUAACAUUGAUAACGAGAUAGUUUUUUAAUCCACAUUUCUAUGCGGCGCAUGCAUAGUACUAAAUGUGCAAGUAUUAAAAUCGUUAAAUGUUUGUUUUCGAAAAUUAAAAUUUUUUAACAUUAUUUAAAAUUAUUUUUUCAUUUAAGAAACAGAUAAGAUCGCAUUGUAGCUUUUCUUAUAUUAGGAAGAAUCUAAAAACUUUUUAUUUUAUAAUAAUAUGAAUUUAUUAAUUCAUAUACGUAUGGAACUUUUGUGAUCUUAUUCUUAAAUGUAUCAAAUAAUUCUAUUAAUAUUUAUUAUCAAUUUUAGAUGUAAUAAAAGCACAGUUUAGAAAUUUAUCACAGACAGAAAACAUUUUGAGAAUCGGCCAUCGUAUCUCCCUGUUGCGCUGUAUAUUCCCCUUACAUAUGGGAAUAGUAAUUUAUUGACAAUUUAAAUUGUCACAUACAUAAGAAUUGCUUGAUAUCGUCGUUUCUUGCGGCCGUUUCUUGAAUAUAUCUGUGAUUUGUUUGCAAUGUGAUCAUCUAGUAUUGAUCUAACAUAUAGUUUUAAUUAUAAUAUUAAAAUAUUAAUGUUAUUACUGUUUUUAUAUGUUAUAAAUGUAAGUCGCAAUAUAAUAUAUAUAAAUAUAUACAUGGAGUAAGCUUCUGUUGAAGAUGAAAAAUGUAUUACAAAGUACACUAUGAUUAAAAAAAAUAUAUUUGAUUCACCGAA